AUGGGUGAGGCUGCCAUACAAGAUAACGAUGUACCUAUGAGAGAGAAUCCCAAGCAGUUUCUAUGUAGGAUGGAAGGGAAGCGAGUGAAUGUUGUUUUGAAAUGGGGACAAUGCUAUGAAGGAAGGUUUGUUUCGUCAGACAACUACUUUAACAUUCUUCUUGAAGAGUGUGUUGAGAAUAAUGUGGGAUGUGUUUGUGAGAUUGGAGAAGUAUCGAUUAGAUGCAAUAACAUCAAGAGUGUGCAUGAGUUAUGA